UCCCGGGGCCGCGGACUCGGCCUGCGCGGCCGCCUCUGCCGCAGUCAUGGCUGCUGACGGCGUGGACGAGCGCUCGCCGCUGCUGUCCGCGUCCCACUCGGGGAGUGUCACUCCCACGGCGCCCCCGUACCUCCAGGACAGCAGCCCCCGAGCGGAACUCCCACCUCCGUAUACAGCCAUUGUCAGCCCAGAUGCCAGCGGAAUUCCAGUCAUAAACUGCCGUGUGUGCCAGUCUCUCAUCAAUUUGGAUGGCAAGCUUCACCAGCAUGUGGUUAAGUGCACAGUUUGCAAUGAAGCUACGCCAAUCAAAAAUCCCCCAACAGGGAAGAAAUACGUUAGAUGCCCUUGUAAUUGUCUCCUCAUUUGUAAGGACACAUCACGGCGAAUAGGAUGUCCAAGACCCAAUUGUAGACGCAUAAUUAACCUUGGCCCAGUAAUGCUUAUUUCUGAAGAGCAGCCCGCUCAACCUGCAUUGCCAGUCCAACCAGAAGGAACAAGGGUCGUGUGUGGGCACUGUGGAAACACGUUCCUGUGGAUGGAAUUGAGGUUCAACACUCUGGCAAAAUGCCCACACUGCAAAAAAAUUUCUUCAGUGGGUAGUGCACUUCCUCGAAGGCGCUGCUGUGUAUAUAUUACCAUUGGAAUGAUAUGUAUUUUCAUUGGGAUUGGAUUAACUGUUGGCACCCAAGAUUUUGCAAGACGAUUUCAUGCAACCUAUGUUUCUUGGGCAAUUGCUUAUCUCUUAGGUUUGGUCUGCCUUAUCCGAGCUUGUUAUUGGGGAGCCAUAAGAGUGAGUUAUCCAGAACACAGUUUUGCAUAAGCUUAUUUAUGACCUUGUGAUGCGGUUGAGAGUAUCUAACAGUUCUUGAUAAGCUACUCUGGACAUCUUAAAUUAUUUACCUAAUGGAUUUCAUUUUCAUUUAUGUAUGAAGUUUUAAGACUGGGAGCCUUAUAUGAACAAACGUUUAUUGUACUACAUUAUAGGCACAUAGUUUCUUUUGCUGCUAAGUUUUCAAGCUCCAAAUAAUAAAGCUUGGUCUUCAUGUUCUUUUACAUGUCUUAAAGGUAUUUUUGAUUUCUUCCCAAUCAUACCUAACACCACACUUUCAUUCUUUUUAAAUCAAUUAUUCUAUUACUUGCUGGUCUGUGAGUAUUCUCAAGGAGUGUUUAUAAAUAUUGCUGUAAUAGCUUCACAUUUAUACUCACUUUUUAAUUAAGCUAUCACAAUUGCUUGCUUUAAAUCUAAGCAAUAUGCAUUUUGCUUAAACUGCUUAUAGUAACUUUAACCUAAGAUCAUAGUGACAUCGUUCAGGAAGAAAAAAUAUGUUUAGUGUACCUUCAAAGACUUGACAUUCUUGUUAGAUAAAGACCAUUUCUAGAUACUGUAUGCUUGUUUUAUGUUGUUUGUAGAAAUAAAUAAUAUUUUGGUAGUAAUUUAAAAUAUGAGAAUAAAAAUAUUUAUUUGUCCACCGUUGGAGAUAUGUUGGAUAAAUGUUUGUUCUCAAAGAUCACAGGACUUUUGUCUUUCAUUUUUGUCAUUGUUUGAAAAUGUUCUAAUUAUAAAAGUUCUGGCCUAGAUUUAUGAAAUUUAAUAUUAACCAGCUCUAUGUAUUCCUUUAUGGAACUUGAAGAAAGUGUUUCACAUAACGUUUUUCAUAAUAUUUAACAGUUUACAAAAAUGUAUCUGUAUCAGAUUGUCCUCCUUUUCAUUAGAUCAUGGUUAAUUUUUCUUAUUGGGGUGUGUGUGUGUUUUAGUCGCUCAGUCGUGUCUGAUUCUUUGCACGUCCAUGGACUGUAGCCUGCCAGGCUCCUCUGUCCCUGAAGUUCUUCAGGCAGGAAUACUGGAGUGGGUUGCCAUGCCCUUAGUUUAUGGAAUACGUGGGGCUUCCCAGAUGGCACAGUGGUAAAGAAUCUGCUUGCCAGUGCAGGAGAUGCAAGAGACUUGGGUUUGAUGCCUGGGUUGAGAAGAUUCCCUGGAGGAGGAAAUGGCAACCCACUCCAGUAUUCUUGCCUGGAAAAUUCCAUAGACAGAGAAGCCUGGAGGGCUAUAGUCCAUGGAGUCGCAAACAGUCAGACACAACUGAGCACACACACAUGGAAUACUGAAAUGUGAAGGAAGCCUGUGACAUUUUACACGGGCUAAAAUGUUAAGAUUAGAUGUAGUUAGUUUUAUCAUCCUUCUCAAAGAUAGCUGGUCAAAUGAUUACCAAAUUUAUUCCAAAUACAGAUCAAAGACAAAAAGCAAUGUAGUUUUCUCGGAAUUCACUAGGAUUUAAAGAAUCACCUCUUGCACUGCCCAUCUUUGUAGUUUUAAAAAGAAAUUACUUAGCUGAAAUGUAAUAGUCUAAAGCUUUUGAAGUAGUACUGAAUAGAAUUAGAUAAUGAGGUGAUCUGAGUAAGUCAAUUGGCUAUUCCAGAGAUAAGAAUAAUAUUUUUAAUUAUUUAUGUUCCUGAUUAGUAUAAAAUGUACUCAUCAGAGAGUUUGGGGCAAAAUGCACAUAAAUUUCAAGGAGUAAAUGAUAAAUGUAUAAAUGCACUAGCUCAGGAUUAUAUGUAUCUUUGA